GUCCCCAAUACUCGGAAGAAGAAGAAAGAAGAAGAAGAACAAGAAGCAGCUUCUCAAUUCAAACUACGCAAUUCCGACUGUUCCAACUUCAAAUAAUCAACCUCUGAGAUCAAUUACUCUUCAAUCCUGCAAUCAAUUUUUGAAUUUUGUAUUGAAUCUGUCAAUCAGCGUUGUGAGUUCUUCCAAUCAUUCGAUUUUUUUCUAGGGUUUCGAAUCGAAUUCGAGCUUGGUGGUGUGUUUUUGGAUUUUGUGGGGGGUUUAGAGAGACAUGGAUUCGAGCAGGAGAGCCGUUGAAUCGUACUGGCGAUCGCGGAUGAUCGAUGGUGCGACAUCGGACGAAGACAAAGUCACUCCUGUGUACAAAUUGGAGGAGAUUUGCGAGCUUCUUCGGUCUUCUCAUGUCAGUAUUGUCAAAGAAGUCUCUGAAUUUAUAUUCAAACGCCUUGAUCAUAAGAGCCCUAUUGUCAAACAGAAGGCUUUGAGGCUGAUCAAGUAUGCAGUGGGGAAGUCUGGUGUGGAGUUCAGGAGGGAAAUGCAAAGAAAUUCAGCAGCUGUGCGCCAGCUAUUUCACUACAAGGGCAAGUUGGAUCCUCUGAAGGGGGAUGCUUUAAAUAAGGCUGUGAGGGAGACAGCCCAUGAAGCAAUAUCUGCUAUAUUUUCUGGAGAUGACAAUAAGCCGGCCCCUGCAGAGGAUCUUAAUAAACGGAUAGAAGGUUUUGGGAAUACAAACUUUGAAAUGCCUUCGGAAGAUAAGAAAUCAUUUCUACGUGAGGUGGUUGGUAUUGGCAGUGCUACAAUAAAGCAUGGAUUGAGUAGUAUAACACAAGCCCAAUCACCGAAGAAGAAUGACACUGGAAGUUACAAGAGUCCUAAUCUUCGGAGGUCAUUGACUACAGAAAUUGACUUUUCAGAUAGUUAUGAUCGAGUUGAACACCAUAGUGAAAUGCAGAGCACUUCUCGGUUCUCAAAUAAUGUCAAUGCCAGACGUUGGGGUCAGGAUUUGAGUAUUAACCAGACAGAAACAACCAAUGGGGAUGACAGUUCAAGUUAUGCUGAGAAUAAGACUCGUGAGGAGAGGUUAUUGGAGACCAUUGUAACAUCCGGUGGUGUACGCCUACAACCCACUAGAGAUGCGCUUCAAGUUUUCCUUGUGGAGGCCUCAAAGUUGAAUGAAUUGGCUUUAAGUCAUGCCCUUGAAUCAAAACUCCAAUCUCCUUUGUGGCAGGUCCGGAUGAAAGCUGUCUGCGUUCUUGAGGCAAUUUUGAGGAAAAAUGAUGAUGACAGUUUUUCUAUCUUGGCGUCUUAUUUUAGUGAGAAUAAAGAUGCUGUCGUAAGAUGUUCUGAGUCUCCCCAAGCUUCUUUGAGGGAAAAGUCAAACAAGGUGUUAAACCUUCUGGGUGGAGAACAGACAUGCAGCAGAAUGGGUCAUCCAGAAAAGCCAAUAAAGUCUGAGAGUAGUACUGUUCAGAUGCCCGACUUAAUAGACACCAGUGGUCCUGAUGAUUCCAAUACUGCAGCAGAUUUUAUUAAAACGCAGAGUGACCAACACAUUCUGGAACAGAAGACAGCAACGGUCCCCAUAUUUGAUGAUUUAUUUGGAGACAGUUUAGGCACUGGUGUAAGUGCCAGUGAACAUAAAAAUGAUGAUGACCCAUUUGCUGAUGUCUCAUUUCACACCAAUGAUGAUAAAGAACACGUGUCUGAUAUUUUUUCUGGAAUGAACGUUGAUAAACCAGGGGCAAAUGAGGUCCAUAUGGCAGCAAAUGGAAAUGGAAAUGGACCUGAACCAUUUGAUAUUUUUGGGCCCAAUUUUGAAGGUCUGCAGCAGGAGGAAAAUCAUAAAAAAGAUGUUCAUGAUUUCAUGGCUGGUUUGUCAAUCAGUGAAAAUGCCUCAAUGACUCAACAGAAAGGGGCCUCCCCUGGGGCACAUUCUGAAACCAUCUUCUCAGACUCCACGAUGAAUCCCAAUCACCUGGUUUCUAACAAUGUUUUCAAUGGAAUACUUGAUGGUUCUCAAGAAGCGGGGAUGAAUGUGAAUCCUAUGUUUGCUUUGGGUCCUAUGGCAUAUAAUAUACCAUCUGGCUUAAUGUUCAGUCCUGCUUUUCCUUCUCAGCCAGUGAAUUAUGGUGCCGUGGGGAAUUUCUUGACACAGCAGCAGUUCUUAUCAACAAUAUCAAACUUCCAACAGGUGGGAAAUUUGCAAUCUCAAAAUACUGGUGUCAGUCAUGCUGCUGGAACUAAAGGAGUAUAUUCUUCACCUCUUCCUGAUAUUUUCAAUCCAAAUAUUCCAACCCGAACUCCCAGUUCUGUGAUGAACAGUUCAAAGAAAGAGGAUACCAAAGCAUUUGAUUUUAUCUCGGAUCAUUUGACAGCUGCUCGAGACCCAAAAAGGACCUCCUUUUGAGUUCACAUACUGUCAUAGUUAUGUUUGAAGCAGGUUUUUGCUUCUUCCAACCUACAAGGUUACUUAUUCUUUUACAAUAAUGUUCCAGCGCAGCGCAGAUCAGAUCUUAAUGAACGAAGUUCCCUCCAAAACUUCAUUGCAUUUGAUGAACUUGGGGGCUAUUGGUGUACUGGAAAUAAAUGAAUGAAAAAAGUUUUAUGGGCAUAUCCUUACGUAGCUAAAGCAUAGAAAAAUGAUAGAAUGUGGUUCUGCAGUUGGUUUUAAUUUUUAGAUUUUGUAAUCAGUUACCGGAGAAAUUUCUCGUCUUGAAACAAAUUUGUAGAGUUGCAUAUUUUGUCACUUCGUCUGGUUGGGCUACUUGUGAUAUGUCUCUUCAGCUGAGCUGUGUGCAUAAGAUGUGCCUUUAUGGAACAGUUGUUUUUCUCACAGAUUGUGAUUUCAAGUAAAUUUGUUUUCUUGAGCCCAA